AUCACAUUCAAAUCCUCACGUGAAGUUUAAACUCUUACUUCUUUUCCUGGUCGUUGUGUUCACUCUGAAAGCUUUGAAGUUCACAUAGAAGCUACUCUAAAUUCUACUCAUCACCAACAACUCCAAUAUGCUGCAUAAUAUCAUCACCUUCCUUUUCCUCCUGUUCACCAGCAUUGCGUCAGCGGCUCCCAUAGGUGACGAACCCGUAACCACUACCAGCAAUGCAAUCGGCUACGGUACAGGUGGUGGCAUCGCUGGGUUGAUCAUUCUGAUUCUCGACAUCAUUGUCAUCAUCGAGGUCCUUCAAUCGAAUCGCCCAGUCUCUCACAAGUUACUGUGGAUCUUGAUCGUCGUCUUGUUCCCUCUGAUCGGCAUGCUCAUCUACUUCCUCUUCUCGAACCGCGCGGCCCACAAGUCUGGAAGUUCAUACGAACCCAUUCCAUGAACGAUGUACAUGAAACAGAGAGUGAGGCACACCCAUUUGCUUCUCGGUUGGAUGGUUUAGAUCAUUGUUACUAUCCGGUCAUACAUGAGAGACUGAUUUGAGAGACGGUCUGGGAACAAGGUGGACAAAGGCUGUGCAGACGUAGAGAGAAGUUGUUGUUGCUUGCUCUGUCGUUCGUUGGGAUUAUAUUGAUGAUUAGAUUUCAUGUCAAGGCAACGGUUGUGCUAUAGGACGACGGUGAUAGUUUCAAGGAUUACGACUGAUAUACGGAUAAUGACAUGUGAUGAUCAGCGGGAUUUUGUUGUUCUGCAAUUUGUCCGUUGUUUCGCAGGACUUGGCGGUGUCUUUUGUGUUGUGAGAACCUGUCACGAUCGUUUGCUCCUCACGCAGCUGUGACUACCUAUACAAGGAAGUCUUGACAAAGUCGGUAACAUGGCAUUCAUUUGAAUAAUAAUGACUUGUUUGUUUUGGUUUACUCGUCGACAGUUCCUCCAUAAUUCUUAUAGAAGGUUUCGUAGUCGAUCAUCCGUGAAGAGCAGCCUUUCGGUCACACGUACUGUUUCAAAUGCUGGCCCAGCCCACUACUCUUGCGAGGUUGAGUGUGAGUCGCUUGAAAGGUACCGUCCUGGCGGCUACCACCCCGUCAAUAUCGACGACACUUUCCGUUCGGGGAGGUAUCGUGUCCUCCAGAAGCUUGGGUGGGGUGGAUACUCGACCGUCUGGCUGGUCUACGACCUCGAGCUAUCUCGGCUCGCCGCAUUGAAGGUUGUGGUCUCGGAGAUCGGUGAGAAGGGGUCCGUUGUAAAUGAAGUUCGAAUACUUCGACGGCUUACUACGGCUCCGGUGGCCAAACACCAAGAUCAACGUCAUUUACGGAAACUUGUCGAUUCAUUCCAUCACAUUGGACCCAAUGGCAGACACCAGUGUCUCGUUUUCGAUGUCGGCGGCGUCAGUGUGCCAACACUUGUCGAUCGAUGGGGUGGCGGUUCGAGACUGCCAGGACGUCUAGCCUGGCAGCUUUCAAAACAAAUCACACUUGCGUUGGACUGUUUGCACUCAAAUGAUAUUGCACACGGCGACCUUUAUACCGGCAACAUCUUGGUUUCACAAAGGGAAGCACAGUACUCGGAUCCAAUUAUCCUAAACAACCUUGGUCCACCUGUCCUAGUGAAUAUCGAUGCACGACCCGGUUGCCAGAUUACCAAAAGCUUCCCACGGCAUAUCGUGGAGCCAGCGACGUUACCUAUUCCAGUUGUCACCGGACAGGUACACGCGAAGCUCAUCGAUUUUGAGCAGGCAUUCCUCUGUAACGGUCAUUCACUGGCAAAGGUCCGCACCCCAUUGAUUUUCAGAGCUCCAGAGACGCUGCUGGAUUCGACGUGGGACCUGCGUAUGGACAUAUGGUCUCUGGCAUGUACGAUUUUUGAACUUGUUACGGGGCAACCACCUUUUGACAACGUUAUGGCGGCAAAGGCUCCUUUGGUGUUGGAGUGGAUUGCAAUGCUUGGAGAAAUACCGGAGAAAUACCAGAGAAAUGGAGAAAUCAAGCCAAAGUGGUCAUAGGUCAGUACAAGGAUGAGAUAGAUGGAGGUUCACUUUCAAAUUGGCUCGGGGAAGUUUACUUUAACAGCGAACGACAGACAAAGGCGGAAUCAUUCGCAGAGGAAGAUGUCAAGAGAUUGGGGGAUCUCUUAUCCAAAAUGAUGUGCUACCUGCCAGAGGAUCGAUUAUCGACUCGAGAUAUUCUCAAGCAUGAGUGGUUUAGUAAAGAACCCCUUACGACGCGUACGAGUAGCUGAUGAAGAAUGAC